AUGGCGAUCGGUCAAGCUCCUAAUGUUGAACACAAACUGAAGUCCUCAGAUGACUACCAUGACGCCGAGAUUGACCACAUCAGCGAGCUCGCAUCACAGAUCACCAUCCACGAUGACAGAACCACGAAGACAAUCGACGCGUUGCGGAGACGAACGCGCUAUGCUGAUCUUUCGGAUGUUGAGGAGGGGACACUGAUUGUCUUCGAUCGUUAUUAUAGGCACAACUUCGAGCUCCACACUUCGGCGUCUCGCCCAUACAUACUUUUCGGAACCGCCGGGACCCCAAUCACGAUAGAUCUCCUCGAGGAACUACUCAGGCUUCUUCGACCAGGCGCGUUCAUCGACGUUCAAUUUGCUAUCCCGGAUGGCUACACGGAGGACGAAGAAACUUCUGAAAUCCUUGCGAUGAUACACAUGAUACAAAGCGUCGGACUGGAAAACGUCAAUAUAGUACACUUUCGCGGCUCAAUUGAACCAGAGCUUGUACAGGAGAUCGGCCAAGGAAAGAUGGAUGACUGGGAUGGCAUGCCCGGAGAAGGGCUAGCACCGAUGCACGAAUCACUUGAAUAUUUCUGUCUGUGGAAAGACGCCCCCAAAGCCAAAAUGUCACAAGCCGAGAGAACAUCGCAGCAGGGCAAGAAGGAUCGCGGAACGAGUUUCGAAUCGAAAGACGAGACGGACUCGGCGGCUACGGCAAUCUCUUUGCAGACCAGCUUCAAAGCCGGCACAGUCCGGCCUUGCCUCGUGAUGAUGCGAUUGAUUGAAGGCCUUCUUCGGCGCAUUCGGGACAAGAUUGGGCUGGCAGAGGACGUUCUGCGGACGCCAUGGCGGAAGGCCUGGCCCACCCGCAACAGCGCCGAAGCCCAGACUAGGGGAUUUCGAGCCGAGGCCCAAUCGGGGCAGCCCUGCGGCGUGGGUUGA